CCUUUUCGUUUUGUAAAAUUUGUGGCUGACAGUGACACGCAGAGAGCGUUCGUCUAAUAAAUAUAAUUUUUGUAAAUAUAUUAAAGAAUGUCGAAAAAUAAAGAUCGUGAGGAGACAGACAAACAAACUCGUAUUGCUAUAGUCAGCGACGACAAAUGCAAACCCAAAAGAUGUCGACAGGAAUGCAAAAAAACAUGUCCUGUAGUAAGAAUGGGAAAGCUUUGUAUUGAAGUAACACCUAAUUCCAAAAUAGCAUCGUUGUCAGAAGAAUUAUGUAUAGGUUGCGGCAUUUGCGUAAAAAAAUGCCCUUUUGAUGCGAUCACUAUCAUUAAUAUCCCAAGCAAUUUAGAUAAACAUACAACUCACCGUUUUUCUAAAAAUUCUUUUAAAUUGCAUCGUCUACCUAUUCCAAGACCUGGAGAAGUUUUAGGGCUUGUGGGGCAAAAUGGAAUUGGAAAGUCAACAGCACUAAAAAUUUUGGCUGGAAAGCAAAAGCCAAAUUUAGGCCGAUAUGUUGAUCCUCCAGAUUGGACUGAAAUUUUAACCUACUUCCGGGGAUCUGAGUUACAAAAUUACUUUACAAAAAUUUUGGAAGAUAACUUAAAAGCUUUAAUUAAGCCUCAAUAUGUUGAUCAAAUUCCGCGUGCCGUUAAAGGUGCUGUAGGUGUAGUAUUAGAUAAAAAGGAUGAAAGAAGCAAUCAGGAUGUUAUUUGCAAUAUGUUGGAUUUGACAAACAUAAGAGAUCGUGAAAUUCAAGCUUUAUCUGGUGGAGAACUUCAGAGAUUUGCAAUAGCAAUAACAUGUAUUCAAAAUGGUGACAUAUUUAUGUUUGAUGAACCAUCGUCAUAUUUAGAUGUAAAACAAAGACUAAAUGCUGCUUUAACCAUACGCCAUUUAAUUGAACCAUUAAAAUUUAUUAUUGUUGUUGAACACGAUCUGUCGGUACUCGAUUAUUUAUCUGAUUUUAUAUGCUGUCUUUAUGGUGUUCCUGGUUGCUAUGGUGUAGUAACUAUGCCUUUCUCAGUUCGUGAGGGGAUAAACAUAUUUUUAGAUGGUUUUGUACCAACAGAAAAUAUGAGAUUCAGAACGGAAUCAUUAACAUUUAAGGUUUCUGAAUCAGCUACGGAAGAAGAAAUCAAACGUAUGAAUCACUACAUAUAUCCACAAAUGUCAAAAACUUUAGGAAGAUUCAAGUUAAACGUGCAACAAGGACAAUUUAGUGACUCCGAAAUAUUGGUUUUAUUAGGAGAAAAUGGAACCGGUAAAACAACAUUUAUUCGAGUGCUUGCUGGAAAUUUAAAACCCGAUGAAGGCUCAGAAGAAUUGCCAGUUUUGAAUAUUUCGUACAAACCGCAAAAAAUUUCACCAAAGCAUCAAGGUACUGUUAAGAUGCUUCUGCACGAAAAAAUCCGUGACGCAUACGUUCACCCACAAUUCGUAGCUGAUGUUAUGAAACCAAUGAAAAUCGAAGAAAUUAUGGACCAAGAAGUUCAAAAUCUAUCGGGAGGAGAAUUACAACGAGUCGCGCUUGUUUUAUGUUUGGGAAAACCGGCCGAUGUUUAUUUGAUUGAUGAACCUUCGGCUUAUUUAGAUUCUGAACAACGUUUAGUUGCAGCAAAAGUGAUUAAAAGAUAUAUUCUUCACGCUAAAAAGACGGGUUUUGUUGUAGAACACGAUUUUAUAAUGGCUACUUAUUUGGCAGAUCGUGUUAUUGUUUUAGAAGGAACACCAUCUGUUGAAACGACAGCAUAUUCACCUCAAUCACUUUUAAAUGGAAUGAACCGAUUCCUAGAACUUUUGGGUAUUACUUUUCGUCGUGAUCCUAAUAAUUUCCGGCCACGUAUUAAUAAAAAUUCUUCAGUAAAGGAUAUCGAACAAAAACGAGCUGGGCAAUAUUUCUUCUUUGAAGAAGAGAACUAACACUCUUCACUUAAAGUUUAAGAAAAUGAUAGAACGAAAUUAAAUCUAGUGACAUAAAAUUCUUUAUAGAAAAUGAAGCUGAUUGAACUAGAUAGAUUAAAACUGUAUAAUUUCGGCAUAUUUUCUAUUAAGUCAAAAAUGUUUUUGAUAUGUUGAGGUGUACAAUUAUUUUAUUGAAACAACACUUGUGCUAAGCAAAUAAUAUACUACAUACUUAACAAUAAAGGAGAAUGUUGUUCAUAAGCCUAA